UGAAAACAAAUCGAUUAUUCAGUGUGAGUCACAUCUCUACUUCACUAACAAUUUUUAAAUUUGCUAUCUUGGGAAAUAAUAAAAGCAAAGUAAUAAGGCAGCUUUCUGUCAAAAAAUUAAAAAUGCCCAAGCCAAACCGCUAUUUGCAUAAAAUUUUGAGCUGAUGGAGGCGCAGAAUUGGGAAUAUUCAGUAUAAUGCGCACGCAAUAAAAAAGAGGGUGUAAAGGGGGCGAGGGCUGUCUCCGAAAACAGAACUACAUCCUGUGGAGGCUUAUCGUUUUUAAGUAAUUUAUUGUUAAAAUUGUGAAAUUUAACGAAAGGUUACAGGCCCCCAAAACAGAACAAAGUUCGUACGCAGGUAGAAUUUUACAUAGACGUUCCGCUAGAAGGGUGUUUGUAAAUUUGUAGAAUUUUUGCGUAGAACUUUUCCUCGUCAUCAACACUCAACUGAAAUAUUUAGUUUUUGUUCGUGUUUUAGUUUCAUUUGGAGGCAUUCAGCAUCACAAUAUUGUUGCCAAUUCCAAUGAUUUGUUAUUUCCGUUAAAAAUUGGAGAGUGAUGACAUUGAUUAAUGCAUUUGCAUUUAAUUUUCACUAAAAUAUUUUGAAUGCAAGUACUAAAUAAAAUAAAAACACGCGUGUGACGUAUCUUUACUGUACAUGGAAAGUAUACAGCUGUAUAUAAAUUCAAGUAUACGGACAAUGCAAGUAAAAUUUUCCUUAGAAGUGAACUACAGAACCUGCUCGAUAAAAUAACUGAUAUUGAUUUAGGAAAUACCUAGAUAAAAAUUGCUAUAAAAAUGACGGAGUUGCAAAUUAGUAAUUUAUAAGCACAAAUGUCUCUUCUGCGAUGGAAUCUUGUUAAAUGUUUAGCAGUGAUUUUCUACAUUAUUGCGCGCAACCAGGUCGGUGUUUGUACUGCCAAUGUCCAAAUGCAUCAACAUUCAUCAGAAGAAGACUACAAUUUCAAUAAAAUCCCACAAGAAAAAAUUGACAAACUCAAGGUACCGGCAGAUCAAACGCUCGUAGUGCGUUUGCCAUUAAACACGUUGCUGAAAUAUACGUCGUAUAAAGAUGUUUCUAUAUUACAUUUUCGGGUCCCGCCAGAUACACGUACCGCCUUCUUCACAUUUAAAGCAUAUGAGGAGUCCAAAAGUGCCUUCCAGCGAAAAUGUAAACCUCGUAGCGUGGAAUUGCACCUCAAACCCGGAAGUUAUCCUGUAAUUAGCCCAGAAAAUAUCACGUUCCCAAAAAAUUUUUUGGGUGCUAAUCAAAGAUCCAAAACUUACAGCCUACAGUUUAUGUCGAAUGAAGAGCAACAACGCAUUUCGAUCAACGGUCCACAAUUUGGCAAUUGGUUUGCAGUUGCGUUUGUUAGUUGGACAGAUCCUAACAAUGAUCGCAUUGAACAGCAAGGAUUGUCUGCCUCUUGUGACUCUUUGCUGUUGGCCGAAAUGUCAGUUACUCGAUUCCAGCCAUGUAUUAUUUAUGAUGGUCAUGUACAAAUUGAUGUAUUAAGAUUGCCCGAUGAAUCGUAUGACGAUUUUGAAACGAAGGAUAACCAAAGCAAUUUAAAUGGAAGUCAUGAAUUCAUCUACAAAUUUUAUGUUUCACGAAAUAUUGAGGUGGCUACUGCUAUUAUUUCGAUAAAGGAGGCUUGUCAGAAGUGUCCAAAUAUUACAAUUCAAAUUCAAUCAAACGCAUUUCCGAACUCACUAAAUGAAAGCCAUCAUUCCGAUAACAACAAUUAUGUCCAAAAUUUCAAUAUAAUACAACCUAACCAAGUAGGUGACAUGACGUUCGAGUUCCAUGUGCAACCGGAAGCAUGGCAUUACUUACACGUCGCAUUUGCUAAUGAAAGUCCAGAAGUAGUGAAACACAAACAGUUAUCAAAAGUAAACUCAUCGCUUCUGUUAAUUAAAAAUUCACAAAUUUUAAACAGUUCAUUACAAAGUGAAUCUAUUAGUGAAUAUAGAAGCGUCAAACGGCACGCCAAAAAUACUCAUAUAAAAGAAAAUCAUUUUCAACAAGGGAAGAAGGAAGAAAACUGUACUUUUUGUCAUCAAGUUAAAUAUAGUUUGCAAAUUAUUUUUCUAAAGCCAAUAGAACUUCAACAUAAGGAAAUAGAUUUAAACUAUUCUGAUCCUUUUCUUAAAACAAACGCGGAUGGCAUACAAUUUAGUACAGCUGCUCCUGAGGACAAUAUUACCACAGAAUACUCGAGUCCGCUUGUCCAGGAAUGGCGACCCAACAGAUUCCGAAAUAUAGAUUUUUAUCCACUCUUGCGUCAAACCUAUCGAGAGUUCUUCAUGUUCGACUACGAUUUAAUGCCUGAUGAAAACGGCACGGUUCCAACCGUUCUUAAUUUGACAGGUGGUAUGCCUGCAGGGUUUGCUUUUGAAGUGGGCGGCGUGUACGAUAUAGGCGGCACAUUAACUUUUGCCCUGUUAAUGAAACAAGAACUUAAGAGCGACUCGAUUGAAUUAAAAAAUUUAUGGUCAACUAAUAACCAACUAUCGGAUUCCGAACGCGGCGUAGUUCUUGCCGAGAAAUUCCUUUCAAAAUCGGGAAAAUCCAGUACCGAAGGAAAUGAACAUGAAGACAAGGUAAAAAAAGAGACUGUGUCCCGAAGCAAUCAAACAAUAAUAGUUUGUAUGCAUUUAGCAGAGCCUGGAGUUCCUUCUUGGCCAGAUAAAUGUCGCUACGGCCAACGACUUUUACCGGCCUCAAUUAUAAUAAAUAAUACGAAUUCAAAUACUAUGACAGGACUUCUCCACGUUCCAUUUCCUGAAAGUGGUCAAUGGUACAUAACAAUGGAAUUAUACUGUCAUGGUGCUGAAACGGCAGAACGGAUCACAAUCAUAGACAAUGUAAAAGAUUUUGUAAAACAAAAUCUGAAUAUUUUGUAUGACAUGAGUCGUUCGUGCAGUUGUUUUUUAGAAGCCAGUCACUAUCUAGACUGCGUUAAAAAUGACAACUGUUUGAAUUCGAUGAACGAGACAGAGACGUUGAAAUUAAAAGAAUGUCUCAUGGACUCUAAAUGCACACCCAACUAUUUAGACAUGGCCCGCAAAUUCGAAAUUCAUAAUAAAUUUGCAACAGAACAACAUAUUGCUUUAGAAAACUGUAACGCCUCCAUCAUAUUUACUAUUUCUUCGAGUCCCUGUGUUGCUGGCCGUUGUGGACGCUUUGGCCGUUGUUACCACUAUAUGUCAGGAGGGUUUGUUUUCUCUACUUGUAUGUGCAUGAAAGGCUACCGAGGUUGGGAUUGCACUGAGGAUAGUCAAGUACCAUCAAGUACUUCUAUACUUAUUGCAUCUCUCUUACUUACGCUUAGCAAUCUACUAUUUAUUCCCAGUAUUUACCUAGCAGUGCGUCUUGACUACUACACAGAAGCGACAAUAUAUUUCUUCGCCAUGUUUUUCUCAAUAUUCUAUCAUGCUUGCGAUUCUGGAGAGGAUGAAUAUAGUUUUUGUUUGGUAAAAAUUGGUGUUCUACAAUUUUGCGAUUUUUAUUGUGGUCUCAUGGCAAUCUGGGUUACUCUAAUCGCUAUGUCACAUAUUCGUCAACAGUUGGUUUCAAUACUACACAUGUUUGGAGCCAUAAUUUUGGCCUUUGGCACUGAACUUAACAAGCAGAGCCUAUGGGUAUUCCUAGCUCCGGCGCUUACGGGAAUCUGCCUCAUAUCAACUAGCUGGGGAAUCCGUUGUUACAAAUUGCGAAAAUGGUAUCCAGCACCCAAAUAUCUCAUCAUAUACAUGCCAUUAGGAACGAUUUUCGUUAUGAUAGGUCUGAUAUGCUACGCCUUCUUGCAAACGAAGCAAAACUAUCACAUCGUACACUCGAUUUGGCAUAUAGUAAUGGCUCUAAGCAUUCUUUGCUUAUUGCCUUCACGAAAAUACUUCUUGCCAAAAUGCUAGCAUCCGUUUUGCAACUUCGAAUUCGAACUGUACUAAUGCCUUAAAAUGUUUAGCGAAAUAAUUACGCACUCUAAAAUGAAUAUGAAUAACAUAUUUUAAAUAUAUAUGUACACAUAUGUAGUUAUAUGGAUAAAUUAAUCGGAGAUGGAGACAUACUAAUUAUGAUGACACUUUUAUACUUUAUAUAAGUAUAAAAAUCACUACAGAUAAGAUUCAAAUAACUGAUACCAAAGACACGUAUACAUGUACCUUUAAUUUGUAAUGCAUACCUCUAUUCUUUAUCCUUUGGAAUAUUAAUUCUGGCUCAUUAUACUAGCUUGAUAUUAAAACUGACAACGUAAUAAAUAACAGUAACAAAUAAUUUGUAAUAUACUCAAUAUUAUUUCAAUCCCCCCUUGCAAGCAAGAUAUGCACAUAUGUACGUACUUUAAAAUUGACGCGUACAUCCGCUAUUUGAAUAACCAAAAGGGUUUCAUGUUUGCUGAUGAAAAACUUGCCAAGUCAAAAAACAGUGGAACAGUAAAGACAUGCCCGCAGAGGGGGCGGGGUUCAAGUAAACUUACAUAACACUUAUAAAUAGUCAUCUGUGAUAUGGACCCUAGAAAUAAGAAGGCGGUUUUGGGUAUGUCAUUUAUUCCUAGUAAAAUAAUAGACUGAACUUGGUCCAAUUUUUGAUCUCAGUAAUUUAAGACGCCAAGACUUUUGGAUAGGAACUUGACUUUUAUUUUACAUAAGUGUUUUCGGUACAAUUUAUUUCAGAAUUUCUUAUGAAUAUUAUUACAUUUUUUAGUCACAAAACCAGGCAAAAAUCUCGGGCCACAGUAAAUAGAACUACUUUUGACAUAGAAAAUAAAUCCAAUUUCUCGACUUCAUUAGCAAAAAAUAUCACUCUCUAUUUAUCUUUGACUUAUUUUUUGUACUGAUUCAUAUUUAUUCAAUGCAUUUAAAGGGAAUUAUAUUAAUAAAAACAAACUUUAAAUUCUUUGAAAAAACAACAACUAAACCUCAAAACCAAACUAUUUCGACACUGUCAAUAAACUGCUUUUACAUUUUGCCUUUUUAAAUUUUUUUAGAAUGUGUUGCGCGAUUAACUUCGAUUUACCGUUAUCUCUGCUUUGCAAUGAUCACUUUGAUGCUUUUGUUUUACAAUUCAGGUUCAUGCUUCAUUUAAAAAUGCUUGCCUAAUUCGGACUUCAAAUUUAAAAUUGUGUUUUUGAAAUGCCUGGCAAAAGAUUAUCCUUUAAUAUUAUGCAAUUAUUAUAUUACAAUUACCACUCCGGUAAAAGUGUUUAGGAAUUGUCUGAAAUAUUUUCGGGAACAUGCCAGAUAAUGCUGUAUGAUAAAGAUAAUACAUACAUACAUACAUACAUACAUACAUUCAUACAUACAUUCAUACAUACAUACAUAAUUGGCGCGUACACCUAUUUUGGGUGUUUGGCCGAGUCCGUGGUGUGCGUCUUGGUGUUGUUCCACAAACGGAGGAACCUAUAAUUUUAAGCCGACUCCGAACGGCAGAUAUUUUUAUGAGGAGCUUUUUCAUGACAGAAAUACAGUCGGAUGUUUGCCAUUGCCUGCCGAGGGGCGACCGCUAUUAGAAAAAUGUUUUUCUUAAUUUUGGUGCUUCACCGAGAUUCGAACCUACGUUCUCUCUGUGAAUUCCGAAUGGUAGUCACUCACCAACCCAUUCGGCUAUGGCGGCCACGUAAAGAUAAUGCUGUAUGAUAACGAUGGACUGACUAGAGCAGGCGUCUUCAAACUUUGAAGCCUUAGGGCCAGGGGUCUCGCAACUUUGAAACCCUGGGGCCAUAAUAAUUUUUUCGGAAUGUUUCAACGGUCAAAACAAUUUUAAUUUUUCUGCACACCUAAGCAAACAGGCGUCUAUUGGGAAGUAGUGCUACUAUGUACUAUGCUACGUCUUAUCUAUUUCAACUAUCCACAACAGGUGGAUUUUUGAUUGUUUUUUUUUCUUCUGAAGACAACAGAAAUAAAUUUAUGAAUGGAGGAUGUCAAGAAAUUUAGCAACGAAGUUCUAAAACAAUUGUAUGUAAAAUAUUUCUAUUUUUCUUGAUUUUCGGCCAUCCAAAAUCCGACAAUGGGACAGGAGUUCCAGGGGUAGGUCUAACAGGCAAGUUGACAGGCGAAACGCCAGCAAAAUCGGUUAAUUCAAAUUUACCGCACCAGGCGAACAUAAAAAUUAGCAAGCAUUCACUUCUUGUAAAAAUUUGCCAACUAUUUAUACACCAAUAUCAAACCGUUCAGGUAGAAAAUAAUACUAUUUCAAUCGCAAUUACGUAAAAUAUAUAUAUAUAUAUAAAUGGCGCGUACACCCUUUUGGGUAUUUGGCCGAGCUCCUCCUCCUAUUUGUGGUGUCCCUCUUGAUGUUGUUCCACAAAUGGAGGGACCUACAGUUUCAAGCCGACUCCGAACGGCAGAUAUUUCUAUGAGGAGCUUUUUCAUGCCAGAAAUACACUCGGACGUUUGCCAUUGCCUGCCGAGGGGCGACCGCUAUUAAAAAAAUGUUUUUCUUAAUUUUGGUGCUUCACCGAGAUUCGAACCAACGUUCUCUCUGUGAAUUCCGAAUGGUAAUCACGCACCAACCCAUUCGGCGAGUGUACGAUGCUUAGGUACUUCAUAUUUCUGUCGUAAAGUUUUCGCGUGCAAGUAAAUAAAAUCGAGUAAUUAUCAUUGUGUUUUCAUUCUCCUCCACUAAAAUUAUAACAGCAAUAGUAGCAACAGUAAAACAUUAGCUGUCGUGGGCCAUAUUGAUGACACUAGUCUUAAGCUGUUGCAGGCCGGAUGGAUGCCACUAGAGAGCCGGAUUUGGCCCGCGGGCCGUAGUUUGGAGACCCCUGGACUAGAGCGUAAAACUGUCACAAAAUCGAAAUAAAACUCACACGGUUCAUUUUGGAAAAAAAUCGGUUAUGGUUUGAGGAUGCAUUUCAAGUAAAAGGCUUGAUGUUUAUUGACAGCACAAUGGACCCCAAAAUAUUUAAAUAUAUCGGCAAUGCUAAAAAAAUUGGGUUUAUCACUGAGAGUAAACCAAAUUUUAAAUUUUACCAUGAUAACAAUUCAAAGCAUAAAUAGCAUAAUGUGCAUAUGUGGCUUCUCUACAAGUAUGGUAAAGUCAUAAAUACACAAGUCCAGAGUCCUAACAUAAACGUAAUUGAAAAUUUGUGUGCCUUUUAAAGAAAAGAGUACAUAAACGACAUACAAAGAAUGCAGCUGCAUUAAGAACUGCAAUAAUGGAGGAACGGUAGAAUAUACCGAACGUAUACGACAUAAAAAAUUGGUCCGUUCCAUAAAAACGCACCUGCGAAAUGAAACGCGCCUAAAACUAACGGUUAUCAUACCAAAUGUUAAAUUAAUCAAAAAGUUACGUAUUCACAUUAUGUAUUUAAUAAAAAAAGCCUGUAUUAAAGUUUGUAAAAACAGUUGACAUUGACAGUGUCGAAAAAGUGUGUUAUUUGCUUUUGUUGCUUUAGUUGUGGUUUUUCCAAAGAAUUUUAAGUUUUUUUAUUAAUUCCCUUCAAAUGCUGUAAAUAAAUAUGAAUCAGUACAAAAAAUAAGUCAAAGAUAAAUAAAGGGCGCUAUUUUUUGCUAAUGAAGUCGAAAACAUUUAAUUUAUUUUCGAUGUCAAAAGUUAUAAUUGACAUACUGUAUACAUAUAUAAGCAUAAAGGAAUCGGGUAGAAAAU